CUUGUACGUUGUACUUUACUGUGUAUUCUCAGAGAAUGCAACACUUAAUAAUGUCAUAUUGUAAAAGCAAAAUGUGAUGGCAUUUUCAAAGUAAUAUUGAGCUCUCCCAAAUAAUAUCAAGCAAAGAAAGGUCCCAUUCCUAAACUUCAGAAUGGGAGGAAGCCGUACUCAUUUCGAUUACUUAUAUUGAAAUGUGUCACAAAGACUGCUUUCUAGAAAGAAAGAUAAAAAAAAAAUACCUAACCCUUUGUACUGGUCAAGACAACCUUUUUCCUUUUGUACCAUUCAAGUUCAACUAAACCCCAAAAAUAGCCUCCAUAUUUAACCCUUGGAAUCUAGACCCUACGUCCUAUAUAGAUAGGGGAAGAUAAACACAACUAUCCAGAACUUCAUAUUAGACAAAGUCAUAUGCCCUACUGAACAAAGGCUUUCUCUACAUUUCCUCUAUAUAUCUCUACACAAAAGCUAUAGUAAUAUCAUAUCCCAAAAUUCCAAGUAUGAAGGGCCUCGAAGCUUACUUUCUCUGCAUCUUUGUCAUCUUGAGCCUUACCACUAACCCUGCCAUGGCCUCAUCCUCGUCUCAGGCGAUCAAAGGUGCUUAUUGGCCUUCGUGGAGCUCAAAUUUGUCGCCAUCCGACAUCGAUACAUCGUUGUUCACCCACAUCUACUACGCAUUCCUAACACCUAACAAUGUCACCUUUAAGUUUGACAUAUCAAAUUCAGUAGCUACAAUGCUCCUCAGCUUCACAUCAACCCUUCAUGCAAAGAAUCCGCCGGUGAAAACCCUAUUCUCCAUCGGAGGAGGAGGCGAAGGCCCCUUAAUCUUUUCGCGCAUGGUAUCAACUCCUUCCUCCCGUAAGAAUUUCAUUGAUUCAACCAUACAAGUGGCAAGAAAAUUCGGUUUUGAUGGCAUUGACCUUGAUUGGGAAUUUCCUAAAACCACAACAGAUAUGGAACAUUUGGGCCACUUACUCAAAGAAUGGCGGGCCGAGGUCCGAAAGGAGGCUAAGGCCACAGCCCAAUCUCCGCUCUUGCUCGGAGCAGCCGUGUACUUCUCCUCGGACUUCUUCCUCGACGAUGUCUACCGGGCUUACCCCGUGGCUUCACUGAGUGAGAACUUGGACUUGGUCAAUGCCAUGUGCUAUGACUACCACGGUUCAUGGAACACUUCGGUCACGGGGGCCCAAGCUGCAUUGUUUGAUCCAAAUAGUAAUAUAAGCACAAGUUAUGGACUUGGGUCAUGGAUCAAGGCUGGACUCCAUCGAAAGAAGUUGAUCAUGGGCCUGCCACUCUACGGGAGGACGUGGCAGCUCAAGGACCCUAGAUCACACGGUAUCGGGGCGCCUGCCGUUGGUGUGGGCCCUGGAGACCUUGGAACAAUGACGUACUCCCAAGUGGAGAACUUCAAUAAGGAGAACAAUGCCACCGUGGUUUAUGAUGCAGACACCGUGUCUGUAUAUUCUGUUGCGGGGACAUCAUGGAUUGGAUACGAUGAUGCCAGAUCCACAUCAGUGAAGAUUGGAUUUGCUCAGUCCCAUCAUCUUGGUGGUUAUUUCUUUUGGGCUGUCAAUGGUGAUCAUGAGUGGAAAAUUUCUAGACAAGCUUCCAAGCUUUGGAUGCAUUGAGAAAAGAAAUGGAUCGGAGCUCUUUCAAUUGCAGGUGCCUUCAUCAGUUAACAAGCAGCUAAUCUGUCCUUUGUCAAUGUUUCUGCUUUUGUAGAUAAGAAUAUAGUUGGUUUAUAGCCCCCUUUUUUUUUUUUUGUUUCCUGGUUGAAGGGGUAUGCAUUUAUGGUGUUGUAUUAAGCUCCUGUUCUUUUUGUUCUUUCAAUAAAAUGUCGUAGCGAAAAAAUAUAUGCAUGAUAGGUGAUGUUGUGCUU